UUUCCUGCCUGGUUAAAGGUGAGCACAGGAGGCAACGAUACUUUUUACAGACACAGAGGCUGUAACUGGUCAGAGAACAAUUACAGAGAUGUUAAGAUGCCCAAACUUUUGUUUUCAAGGAUGCGGUUUUAUGAAAUUAGGGAUCUGAUGCAAAAUGUGAAGCGGCCCAGAAGGAUUGAUAUUGUUCUUAAUCGAAAGAGGCGUAAGGAUAUCCAGGGCCUCAUGGUGCAAAAAAUAAAUGAUGAGCCGUCUCCUUCAAAAUUCAGUUGGCAGACUGACUACAAACUCCACCCAACUCUGGAAAAAGUGUUACAGGAUAAAAAGUAUUUAGCAGCAUUCCACACUUUCCUGCAGUCUGAGUUCAGUGAAGAAAACAUCGAGUUCUGGCUCGCAUGUGAAGACUUUAAGUCAACCACCUCAUCGGACACCCUUCGCUGGAAAGCUGAGGAGAUCUACGGAGAGUUCAUCCAGCCCACAGCCUGCAGAGAGAUCAAUGUUGACCACCACAUCAGAGAGAAGAUCAAGAAGUCCUUGGAAGAGCCGAGCCUCUCCUGCUUCGACGAGGCUCAGAAACACGUUUACCUGCUGAUGGAAAGAGACUCUUGCCCUAGAUUCCUGCACUCUGACGCCUACCUGAGUCUAAAGCGUAAAUCCAGAACUUUGUGGUACAUUUAGCUGAAAGGAAGAACGUUAUCAAAACAAUAUGUCAACACUUCUUUUUUUAAAACCUCACAUUUCUUUUUUUUUUUUCCUGUUUGGCUGAACUGAAGUUAUUUCACAGUGUAUGAGACGAUCAAAACAGUUUUCUUUUCAGCACAGAGAAUCUAUUUCAUACUCAGAACCCAAACUGAAACAAUGUUUUCAACCAUGUCUCUUUUUUUAUUGGGGGUAAGAUGAUGUUUUGAUGAAAUGUUGUGGAGAAUGAAAAGAGGAAAGAGGAGAAAAGUAAGUGUGAGUGGGAAAAAAAAGUACAUGUACGUAGGGCAGGCAGAAUGCUGUUGAUGAUGAUUGUGCAAUUUAAAGUUGUUUGAAAUACUGUAUGUGCUAACUGAAAGUCUUAGUAAGUUAAGGUGGUGAGUACAGUGUGAUAAAUAAUGAGGAAAGAUAAAUAAAUGGUUUCUGACAUGAAGAGUAAAAUGACCUA